CUUGUCACCUAAGUUUAUCUGUGACAAGGUGUUUACCAAUGGCUUCUGCAUGGCAGAGUGUCCUGUCUGUGCACCAGAGGAUAGUGGACAAUGGAGACAAGAGGACGGACUCAUGGCUGCUGGUCUACUCCCCCGUCCCGGUGGCACUCAUCUUCCUGGUGUACCUCUGCGUGGUCUGGGCCGGCCCUCGUCUGAUGAAACACAGAGAACCCGUUGACCUCAAAGUGGCUCUCGUUGUUUACAACUUUGCCAUGGUCGGCCUGUCUGGCUACAUGUGCUAUGAGUUCCUGGUCACAUCCUGGCUCUCGAGCUACAGCCUCCUCUGUCAGCCUGUAGAUUACAGCACCAGCCCGCUGCCACUGAGGAUGGCCAGAGUCUGCUGGUGGUUCUUCGUCUCUAAGGUCAUAGAGCUCAGUGACACCAUCUUUUUCAUCCUGAGGAAGAAGAACAGCCAGCUAACGUUCCUUCAUGUUUACCAUCACUGCACCAUGAUCUUCAACUGGUGGGCGGGAAUCAAAUAUGUGCCUGGCGGACAGUCGUUCUUCAUCGGCCUGGUCAACACCUUUGUUCACACUGUGAUGUAUUCUUACUACGGCCUGGCUGCGCUCGGCCCUCACAUGCAGAAGUACCUGUGGUGGAAGAGAUACCUCACCUCUCUGCAGCUGGUGCAGUUCCUGCUGGUCCUCCUGCACUCAGGCUACAACCUGUUCACAGAGUGCGACUAUCCCGACUCCCUGAACCUGUUGGUGUUUGGUUACUGUGUCACCCUCAUCGUCCUCUUCAGUAACUUCUACUGUCAGAGCUACCUCAACAAGAAGAAGCAGAAAUAAGACACAGUGGAUGGGAAAGGCAGACGCACACCGACCCAGUGAAUGAGAAGCAACCACAAACCUCAAAAAACCCCAAACUGAGUGCAGCUCACAGCGACAGCAGUCAUCUCUCCCUCAGCUCCUACAACUCAGUUAAACAGGAAUCUUGAUGGUACUGUUUGUGUGAAAGUCCCACAUUGUUCUGCCUCCUCGUGCACAUGAUGUUCCUUAUUGUCAAAGAAUUAUAGUAUGUUACCAUGUGAAGGUAUUAUGGGUUUGUUGAAGGUGGCGGUGCUGUUUGUGCUGAGAAAGCCAUGUAUAAUGUAAGGUAAAGGAGACUGUUGGGUCGGUGCGGGGAGCAGUGAGUCCUGGCAUUAGGGGAGUGUCUCUGGGACGCUAGAGAUCACUGUCUAGCCUCCCGGAGGUGUCGUGGGAGCAACUAGACGAAACACUGGUGAAAGGAGGUUCCCACCUGAUGACCCCAAAGACAUGUUGGUUAUCACUGCUCAUUGGUCUGUAUAGUUAAGCCUUGCCAUGAUAGCUUAUCAUAGGGCUUAGGAGGUUAUUCACUGAGUGCUGAUCCUUUUCUAGAGCACAAACUUAUUGUGUUUAAUUGAACUUAUUAUGGUCCCAUCACAUUAAAUAGAAAAUAUCAUCAAAUUAUUUUAACAGGUUCAGUUUUACAACAGAAUAAGAUUAAGAAAAAGUAUAUGAUGUUUCUGUAGGAACUCUCAGUGAAUCACCAGUGUAGUUUGAUUUAUAAUGACCUCAGUGUAGAUAAUGUUUCCAUCAUUUAUACUCAGUAUGUAAUAUAACUGUCAUGUUAUUUCCACAAUAAAAUUAAUGCAAGACCCACACAAGACAAAGUUUGAUGCCAGCUAAUCAAGAUUUAUCAUCUAUAUUUAUAUCAUGGAGAAAGUGAUCAAAAACAUCUGCUAUUUUUUAUAAUAAUAUACUGUCAAUGCUAUUUUUUUUUUGUAUAAAAGUUUAUUUUGUAAUAACUUGGUGUGUCGAAGGAGCCAAUGAUGCAAGUAUUCAGAAAAUAAAAGCUCUGAAUACUAAAUACCACUGGCUGUACGACAUGCUGAGUCAUACUUGUUACUGUAAGUAAAAGCCCUGCAUUCAAAAAUCAUACUGAAGUGAAAAUGCAAAAAUAUCAGUGUUAAAAUAUACUUAAAGUAUUCAUGCAGAAUAUUGUAUCAAACUUUAUUUAUAUAGCACUUUUGAUACAAACAAUGCAACGCAAAGUGCUUUACACAAUAAAAAGACAAUGAAUAAAAUAAACAAUUUUAGAUCCAUCAAUGAAUAAGUAAAUAAAUAAAUUAAAAUAAAUAAAUACGUAACAAAAUGGAAGAAUAUGCCAGCAAAAAAAACA